AUGAAAAUACUCAUUUCAGUCGUGUUAGUUUUCACACUAAUCUACAAUUCCAGUUCCGAUCAAAAUUAUCAGAAAUUCGCCGUAAGUCUAUUAAAUUUACUUGAUCCACCAAAUAGUUCAUCAAUAUGGUCACCAACAAGUAUUGGUCUAGCAUUGAGCAUGUGUGCAGCAGGUGCCAAAGUAAAUACUCUCAAUCAAUUGCUUUUGGCUCUCGAUGCUACGACAAUCGGCCAAUUGAACACUGACUCUAAGAAGAUCAUUAAUAAUGUGAUUGGAAAGCUCUCAGAAAACCAAGUGAUUGUAGCCGAUCGUCUAUAUGUUCAAAAUAAAUAUCAACUCUAUCAGAAUUAUAAACAUGAUCUAAAUACGUUCUACAACGCCACUAUUGUUCCAAUAGAUUUUUCUAAGCAAAUUGCUGCCGCCAAUACGAUUAAUAAAUGGGUUUCACAAGAAACAAAAAAUUUGAUCAAAAACAUUAUUUUACCUACUGAUGUUAACUCGCUUACUCGUCUAGUUCUUAUCAACUGUCUUUACUUUAAAGCUCAAUGGCUCAAACCAUUUAAAAAAGGUUCAACAGAUACAAAACCAUUUCAAAUAACCACCACAAAUACUGUCAAUGUUCAAAUGAUGCAUACUACCAGUGAGUCUUUCUCCUAUAUAAAUGCAACCGAUAGUAUUAAGGCACAAAUCGUUGAAAUUCCAUUCAAUACUACAAACAACAAUAAAAAUCUUCAGCUUGUAUUUAAUGUUAUUCUACCAAAUGAAGGUGUCACACUGGCAGCUGUUCAGAAACAACUCACUGCAAACAUAUUGAAAACUCUUUUAAACUCUGUUAAAGGAGCAUUUAUUGAAUUAUCAUUACCAAAAUUUAAAACUGAAUCAACAUUUGAUCUGAAGAAGCCACUUCAAACUGUUAAUGUAAUUGAUGUUUUUAAUGUGAAUAAAGCCAAUCUAACAGGUAUUAGUCCAAGUCAACCACCUCCUCUUUACGUUACGAAGGUAAUUCAUAAGGCAUUUAUCGAUGUCGACGAAAAUGGGGUGACGGCAGCAGCCGUAACUGCAGUUAGUAUUAGUACAACAGCUAUACCUACUGGAAUAAUAGUGUUCAAUUGUAAUCGACCAUUUUUAUAUUUAAUUCGAGAAAAAACUAGUGGACUCGUUUUGUUUGUUGGAACUUAUUAUGGAAAAUAA